UCACGGCAGACCUGAAGCGACGAUGCCACAUUUCCUUACGAAUCGGACAUUUCAUUCAUUCCUACGUCAAAUUUGAGUUAGUUUGUAGUUUUAUCUUCAUUCGACCGUUUCUGGACGACCCAGGCCCACCAUGAAAAAGCAAGUGCGUUACGAAGACCACAAAGCGAACAAGAACAAGCUCGCCGUUCAUCACCAUCGUCCUCAAGGUUUGCUCAAGCCCGUGGCCCACGCUCCCAACGCCAGCCUCAACCCAGCCGCCCAACUCCUCCUCCUGAGCAGAAUCGCAUCCACCCCGUUGCACCCAAAGAGCACCAAAGGCCAACUUGUUGCCAGUCAGCAUCAACAGUUUUUCAACCCCAAUCCCAGCAGCGGCCCAGCAAUUCGACCAACGCUCAAUUCCAUCCCGACGCCGUCAAGGGCCCCACCCACGGCCACCACAGACGCUGAGGAGCGGAGCAGCCCCGUCCCAUCAGCACGGUACAUUUCUCCAGGCCCAAAGUCCCUCCCACCCAAAAGUCAUCGCGGAGCUACGACGUCACAAUUUCAAACGGACCGGAAAAGGUCUCAGUCGACGCACGUUCCGUCAAAGCAUGCUCACCACAGCCACGCCAACGCAUCGAAACAUGGUCAAAGAGCUUCCAGUAAAGCGCAGCAAUCACAACUUGACGUUUAUAACAGCCGUUCCAGAAACAAAUCCGCCAAACACGCUGACCUCCCUAAAAGACAGAAAAGUUCAAAAAACGUGGAAAUGGUGGAAAAGGAGCAUGUCAUUCCCCGCAAGUCCAGAACAGCAGUGAUAAUGACAGACAAAGUUGAGUUACGAGAUGCCAAAACGUCCAAAGGCAACAUGACGACGACUACGACGACGAUGGAAAGUGAGAAAAAAGGUGGUCCGACACGUUCAAAGUCCGUUUUGGAAGCCGCAGCGCGACUGAGUUUCCCGUGGCCGGCACCUUCCGCCUUUGCAGAGUCCACGUCGGAACAGCAACAGCAACCCCUGGACCCAUUGACGAUAGCAGAACUCAACGCCAUGACCCCGUCACAAAAGAGGUUUCGAUUCCUCAAAGAAAUUCGUCACUUUUUCGAAACUCAUCAAGACCUCCUCCAACUUCCCGGAGUACGGUCGGCCUUCGAAAAGUCGAAAAUGAUCCCAAACCCGGUCGACAUUCAGGCCAACUUGGACGAGUCGUUGGAGGGAGUUAUGGAAUCGCUCAAGCUCGCCUUCAUGCAAAACGGCCUAUUCCCACAGUUUGGACGGAGUGACGAAUACAAAGCCGUGGUGGCUCCGAAAUGGGAACACGUGGAAACAAACUGGCCAGGAUUCGACUGCAAACCACUCCCAAAUUGGACCGACUACACCUCGCCAGGCAAAAUAAUAGCUCAGUCGGAGGAGAAGGGUUCCACUAAAUUGGGGAGACAGGGGUCAAGGAAAAGUGUGGAAAAGGAACUGGUCGCCGGGGGUCACACGGACCGCAAGUCCAAGAGCAACAAAAGGGAGCGAAAUAAUAAUAACAAUUAGAUCCAUAACUGCUUACGAAUCUAACAUCAAAAUUAUAAAUCAACGCCAAUUUGUCCCUGUCCGCGCGGUUCAAAUUUUUGUGCUAAAAUAUAUUUCCAUUUGCACAUUGAAUAAAAAAUGUCGCAUCGAUUUAAGACAAUUGCUGCAUAUUAAUUUGCUCUCUAAUGAAAACAUUCGUCUCAAUCUCAACCUGUUCGUCACCACAUCACAUGAAAUGGAACAACUGAAAGUGAAAUGCAUGUUUAUCUGAAACACAAUUAUUUAAGAGUUAUGCACAUUUAACCAUUUCACUUUCUGCGAUACACAACCAUUCACUUCGUGUUAGGAGUCGCCCUUGUUAUUACGUAAUUUUAUUGAUUAAUUUUAAAAACAGUAGGACAUCAUGAGCUUUUUUGACGAUUAAAAAAGCGGCGUUGUUGGCAAUGGCAACAUGAAAACAAAGUGGACGGAAAUAGCAAAAUUUGCAGCUCGUUGUAGAUUGUGAGAUAGGAAAAUUAUCGUGAAAUCAUGAUGAAGUUUAAUAAAACUGCUAAAAACUAUCAGCAUCAAAUUUUCAGAUAAUUAGCUGUACGAAAGUGGAGCCGAAGUGAUACGUGUCAUUUAUCCAGACGAUUUUUGAGAUCUUGGUUUCUUUUUCAAUCCACAAUAACAACAAAGUCGACACUUACUUGAUUGACCUUUCUCGUGGUCAUGUCCACCAAGUUUUUGAGCACUAGCCUCAAAGAAGCUCCUCCUCCCACUGGUUGCCUGUCAUUCAGUCGGAAGCGAUGCAUGAUUCUGGCAGUGCUCGUUCUGAUUUGCAUUUUCCAAACCUUUUAUACAUUCCGGGAGG